AUGUCCAUACCAGAGAUACCUUCUAUGUAUGAAACACCAACUUCCUCUCAGCUAAAAGAUGAUCUUUUGGAAGUUUCUGAAAUUUCAUUACUAAAUUCAUCAACUGAUACUUUAAAUAAUUCAACAUCAUCAUCAUCGUCAACAUUUAUAAAUUCAGAUACUUUAAAAUUCAUUUCAAAUUUAAGAGAUGAAUUCCAAAUAACAAAUCCAUUAAAUAAAAUACAUCAAGAUUUUUUACAAAGUUAUGAAAAAGCAUAUAAAGAUUCUCAAAUAUCAAUGAUUCCAAUUUUUAACAUUCCAAAAACAUUUAAUCAUAAGACGACUGAUAUAAAUGGGAAAUCAUUAGUUAUUGAUAUUGGUGGUUCAACUAUAAGAAUUGGUGUUAUUGAUCUUGAUACUCCUGAAUCUCCAAUACAAAUUCAAAAACAAUGGAUAUUAAAUGAAGAUGAAAAAUUAAUUGAUUUGAAAUUUUUCGAAAAUUUAGUUUUAAAAGCAAUUGAUAUUAUUAAUGAAUAUGAUGAUGAUCAUAAUAAUGAUGAUGAAUGGAAAAUUGGUAUUACUUGGUCAUUCCCAUUAAACAAAAAAAAUCAAAUAAUAACAAUGGGUAAAGGUUUCCAUAUUUCAAAAGAAAUUGAAAAUGCAAGUAUAGAUGAAUUAAUAACUUCGAUUUUCCGAAACAAGUUCCAAAUUAAUGCAAAAAUUUAUUCAAUUAUUAAUGAUUCUAUAGCUGUAAAUUUAUCAGGUUUAAUUAAUCAUGAUUUUAAUUCUCAAAUCUCAUUUAUAUUAGGUACAGGAUUAAAUAGUUGUAUUAAUAAAAAUUAUGAUUUAAUUAAUACUGAAUUGGGAUUUUUUGGAAAAUUACCAAUUGAAAAUAUUACAAAAUAUGAUGAACAAUUAGAUUCAAGAUGGAAGAAUUUCUCAAAUAUACCAUAUAUACAUAAUGAAACAAAUAAUGAAAAUGGUGUUUUCAUGCCUUUAGAAUUUUUAAGUUCUGGAAGAUAUGUUUCUGAAAUUUUAAGAUUAAUAAUCUUGGAUUUAUUACAAAACAAUCAUAUCACAGAUUCAAUACCAUUGCAAUCCAUAAUUAAUGAACCAUUUGGAUUACAUGGUAAAUUCAUAUGUUCAUUUGAUUCAUCAUUAUCAUAUCAAGAAAUUCAAUCAAAUUUAUUAACAAAUUUCAAUAUUAAUUUUAAAGAUGAAGAAAUUAUGAUUUUCCAAUCAAUAAUUGAUAUUUUAUUAGAAAGAACUGCAAUCUAUGUUUCACAAUCAAUCUUAUCAUUAUCAAAAUUUGUUCAUCAACAAGAUCAAUCAAUUAUAAAUGUAAAUUAUAUUGGUUCAUUUUUAUAUCAUUGCAAAGAAUUACAAUCCAAAAUUUCAAAAUAUUCACAUAAUACCAUCCAUUUAAACCAUAUUGAACAUAGUUCGUUGAUCGGUGCUGCUGUUUCAGUCUGUAUCAAUACCCAUAUUGCAUAG